UCCGAAGUCAAUUGCCCACAUCGAUUUGACGCUUCUGUAGCCUGUUGAAUGUGAACAUUAUGCUAAUGAGAACUCAGUAGAGCCCCGCCUCCUGACUGGAGUUUCUUCAUGCAACAGGAAGUGACAACCCCCUCCUCAAAAGAGUGCACGGCCUGAAAAGAAAAGAAAAAAUAAGAGGCUGGGUGGUGGUCGAAGUCCUAUCGAUUGAUUGUCUUUUCUUGGUCGAGGUCCGUUGGCGGGCUGCACGAGCUGGCCGUCUGUGAGCCUCGUGUGUCGGCCUGAACGUCAACGUGGCACCGCAUGGAAGCAUGUCCGCUUCCUAAAGUUCCCAAGGAAGCGAAGACCUGCUUCUGGAGAAAAAAAACAAACGAAGUGUGUUUGCCAUGGCCCACGGCACCACCACCAUCCAAUAUGAGCGACUGGCGGAGAUCGGCGGUGGAGCUUACGGUACGGUGUACAAGGCCCGUGACACCGAGAGUGGUCAGUUUGUGGCUCUAAAAAGCGUGCGCGUCCAGACGGACAACAACGGCCUCCCCACGUCCACGGUCCGAGAGGUGGCGCUGUUGAAACGACUGGAACAGUUUGACCACCCCAACGUGGUCAGGCUCAUGGAUGUUUGCGCCACGCAGAGGUCAGAACAGGAGAUCAAAGUCACUUUAGUUUUCGAACACGUGGACCAGGAUCUCAAGACAUACUUGGAGAAAGCCCCAGCUCCGGGGUUAGCCCCUGAACGCAUCAAAGACCUGAUGAGACAGGUGCUGUGCGGUUUGGCUUUCCUGCACUCUAACCGAGUCAUGCACAGAGACCUGAAACCAGAGAAUAUUCUGGUAACCAGCCAGGGCCAGGUGAAGCUAGCCGACUUCGGACUGGCCCGCAUGUACGCCUGCCACAUGGCCCUCACUCCUGUGGUGGUGACACUGUGGUAUCGGCCCCCCGAGGUUUUGCUGCAGUCGAGCUAUGCCACACCUGUAGAUAUCUGGAGCUGUGGCUGCAUCUUUGCUGAAAUGUUCAAGCGCAAACCCAUUUUCUGUGGAGAAUCUGAAGUGGACCAACUUGGGAAAAUCUUUGAGGUUAUCGGUCUGCCACCAGAGGAGGAGUGGCCAAGUGAUGUUACGCUUUCAAGGAAACACUUCCCCCCUUGCUCGGCCCGCCCACUAACUGACUUUGUUCCAGAGAUAGAUGAGCAGGGGGCACGGCUGCUGCUGGCAAUGUUGACCUUUGACCCUGCCAAACGAAUAUCUGCCCUGAAUGCACUGAAUCACUCGUACUUCUGCGACCAGGAGACAUUGACUCAGACACAAAGCUGAGCUGCUGCCAGAAGAAGAAGACGAAGCGGUAGAGCCAUGACUGAGGUCCCCCUGGUCAGAGAGCAGGUGCCACAGAGCUGAGCACUGAUGUCCCAAUGAGCAACGCCGACAACCCACAGAAACGCACCACCUACCUCAUCUCCCUCACUCUGGUGAAGGUUGAGGCUCUUCCAGAGGA